CUCUCCUCUUCUUCCUCACUCUCUCUCUCUCUCCUCACCCUCUACGCUCUCCACCACCGCCACCGUCACCGUCACCCCUUCCCCUCCCGCUCCUCCCCCGCCGCCAGCCUAUUCCUCUCCUCCGCCAGCAAAUCCACCGUCUACGUCCUCUCCCAGUUCCGGUCCCUCGGCCUCCCAUCAAUACGGAUUCAACAAAAACCAUCAUCAAAACCCAUCAAACCACAAAAUGCCCCAGCUUCCUCUUCCCCUUCAAUUCGAUCCCGAAUUCCCCCAAAUCCACGCUCAGCGACGAAAUCUUCCUCCCCCAAUCCGUUCAACCUCCCUGAAUUCAACUCCCUUUUAUUCAAUCCUUUGGAUUCCUCUUCCUCCUGCUCUCCCUCUCAGCCCUUCCAGAUGCCCGCUUUUUUACCCCCUAAAUCCGCAAUGCCCUCUCUCUUCACCGCUAAUUUUGAUAAUGGCAGCUUCGAUUUGAGCUGCGAUCAGAGCUACUUUCGCGCUCCGAACGCGGUUUCUGCACCUAUGAUGAUGGGUUUUAACUGAUUUAAUUCUCAAUUUUCGACCCUAGCUGUGGAUUGUGGAGUGGGAUUGAAUCCCAACAGGACUAAGCUGUUGAGGCCUCUCGAGGUUCAGCCGCCGGUGGGAGCGCAGUCGACUCUGUUUCAGAAGAGGGCGGCGCUGCGGCAGAG